AUGAGAUUCGAUCUUAAAACCCUUCCAUAUCCUGCCGACGCAUCGGACCUCACGGCUGCGUCGGACCCAGCGUUUUGUUAUACAUGUGUUAACUUGCAUCCCGUGUCAGCCUCCGCUAUGAGCGCGUCCACUGUGGUUGUGAUGGAUAUGCAGGAUACAACCAAAAAAGUCGACAGAGCAAGGCAACUUCUAUCCGGAUUCGAAUCGCAGUCCAUUUCUCCUACAGAAACGUUGAGAGCAUGGGAGCUUCAAAUAAGACUGGCUGAUCUUAAGGAUUCGUGCUUGGCCGGCUGUAUCACCUGUUUACUCUUGAAAGAAGUGCUCAUCAAGGUCCCGAAUGGGCAUUUUGACUGGGAUGAUCCCGCACUGUAUAUUGCGGUUAUCUUUUGCGACAAGACCGUUCUCCGUAUUUCCGUUGCGCGAGAUCGGGAUCAUUAUGAAGAAUAUAGCUGGGACUUCGGAAUGCCUCAUAGGAUGCUGCAUAAUGAGCCACACAUGGAGGAAUAUCAAGUGUACACUCUUCCUACCUCACCCUGUCCGUGGCCUACGCUCGGCUGUCUCAUGAAUGUCGAAGAACCUAGAUGGCGCAUGCGUAGAAAGUUACGUGGGCUAGCUGCCCAUAUUUCGUCUGAUCCUACCUCACCCGACUUUAUCGAGAAAGUCCAAAACUGGAUUAACAGUUGCAAAGAGAAUCACCCUAUCUGUAUCAAUGCAGAGAAAUCCACUUAUCAGCCUCAUCUCCCCGAGAAAAUCAUCAGCCUUGGCCCAGAAUCAAACAUGGACAUCCAGUUGAUAGAGGCAUAUGACUUACCACAAGAGCCCUACAUUGUGCUACAUGAUCAACAGGAAGAGACAAACUUCUCAAGCCUAUUUGAAUGCCAAGGGCCUGAAGACGACUUUGUUGAGGUACCGUAUAAUGCCCUUCCCCGGGCCUUCCAGGACGCUAUUCUAGUGUGCCGGAAGUUGGGCGUUAAAUAUCUGUGGAUAAAUGAUCUUUGCAAGAUCGAUGAUGAUGAAGACUGGGAAAUCAAAACAGAAAAGAAGGCUAUGGUGUAUAACAAUGCAGAAUUGGUUCUUAUGUUGACGGGAUUGGUCGACGGUAAUGAUGGUUUUCUUUGCCCUAGAAGACCUCCAACAAUCAUUUCUGGAACAUGGCCAGAUGGAAGACCAUUUGAAAUAUAUGCUCGACCGCAUGAGCCUUUACACGACCCAGAUACGAUGGAGUGGCUAAAGGGAAAGCCGUCCCAACAUGCCAGCCGAGCUGAGAGUUUCCGACAGCAACUUCUGCCUCGACGUAGGCUUUGGUUCACUAAAGGUGAGGCCAUCUUUGACUGUCUGACCUCAACUAGUUGUGAGUGUGGGAGCUUCUUGGACUCUGAAAAGGAUCUAUAUCUUCCGUUACGACGUAUUUUGAAGCCUGGCGCAAAGCAUAUCAUCAAGACGGAUGACUCGCGGAUCUAUCAUGAGCAGUGGAGAAAUCUGGUGGUCAAAUUAUCUCAACUGGAAACCAGGGAUUCGCCAUGUGACCUUGCAUCAAUCAGCCACUUGGCCUCGAGAUGGGCAAAUGGAUAUACCGGUAGAUACCUAGCUGGACUUUGGGAACACGAUUUGGUGAAUCAUUUGCGGUGGUAUCAAAGCCAUGAAAAAAUUCCUGAUGAGGAGCCUGAGGUAUGCCAAGCACCAUCUUACCUUGGUCCUAGUUGGAGCUGGACCGCUGUUUCCGGGAAGAAGAUCACUUGGGGCGACGCAACAUUUCGAGGCACCGAAUCUUUCGUUACCAUCGACUUGAGCCGGACUGAAUGUGACGUCAGUUCCGUCAGCCCAUUUGGGCCGGUGACUUCAGGCCAUAUAUUUCUCACGGGAAAAAUACUCAAAGCUAAAGUUGGGAGUUCGAGGCAAUGGUACUGGGUAGACAAAGUACCCAAAGACGACCUCCCUUCGCCCCAGCACGUGUUUUAUCUUCGCCUCUGUACUAAAAGCCUUACAAUCAAUAGCUGGGAUGAUGAUUGCGCCCUCAUACUUGUUCCUGCGACUGCAAACGACUUGAUCAGACAGCGCAGAGAAGUGCAAGUAAGCAAGCAUGUAUACAAGCGGAUUGGCUUAACCAAUACGUAUCAACAUUGGGCUUUGCAUCACGAAAGGGAUGCGGAGGAAGUUUCGAUGUACUUAAUCUGA